UUCGUCACCGGAAAAGUUCCGGCACACGCCUCCUCCUUACUCUGCGUGUGCUGACAUUUCGCCUUCUGACUUUUUUCCCCCCACCGGAACUUUUCAUUCCAGUUCAGUCGCGAACGAGGCGAGAUGUUUUUAAGCAGUUGUGUGCCGGUCGUGCUUAUUUUUUGGUGGACUUCGACGACGGUUUGGGCCCAAACUGCCGCACCUGGCGUAGUCUGCGAGUCCAAGAACGGGACCAGCUGCGAGGAAUGUCUGAGCAACGUGACGUGUUUGUGGUGCAUCAAAACCAAGUCGUGCGUGACGUACCCGGUGAGGACCAUCCUGCCGCCGCACUCGCUUUGCCCGCUCUAUGACGCCCGCUGGGGGCUCUGUUGGAUGAACUUCCAGAACUUGAUCAUUACGCUCGCGGUGGUGGGCGGCGUCAUCAUCAUCGCCCUGCUGGUCUGUCUGUUCUGCUGCUGCAAGUGUGAAAACUUCGGCUCGUCAAGGUUCAUGGCUAAGAUGGAGAGGCAAGCAAACAAGUCUAGAACAAAACAGGAGGAAAGGCGUGCUGAGAUGAAACAGAGACAUGACGAUAUCAGGAGGAAAUAUGGCCUGAGCGGACCAAAUCCUUACUCCCGGUUCGGAUGAGAGGAUUUGUACCCCUGGACUUUAUUUAAUGGAACGCCUGUUAAUUUAUGAAUUCAUAUAAACUUUCAUUUAGAUGCCUCUGUUGUCAUUUGGCCAAUGAUGAGGAAUUUUGUAUAAUGAGUCCAAAUUCGAAUGCCCCCUUUUCCACUGCACGGUACCUCAUUGCCGCGUUAUCGACAAUGGCAGGUACUACGAGGUACCAUUUCUGUCGCUCAUCGGUCGAAUGGAUUCAACAUUGUGACAUUUGCGAAUACCUGCUAAAAACUGACCGCAUAAUAAACACAUAACGUAAUUUCCGGCCUACAUAGCGCACAGGAUUAUUUUUUCGGAUAAGUUUUAAUACCUUAGCUGAGGCUAACAUAGCUACAACACGGUAGCACGUACAGGGCUGGUUUAAAAAAAAAAAAAAAAACAUACCGGUAAAAAAAACCCAAGUAGCAACACGGUAGUACAGCACUUGACGGGCCAGUUAAAAAAAAAACAUACCUAAAUCACUGAGACACGGCAGCAACACGCUAGCGCAGUGCUAACAGGGCCAGUUUAAUUUAAAAAAAAAAAACAUACCGGUAAAAAUCACUGAGACACGGCAGCAACACGCUAGCCCGGUGCUAACCGGGCCGGUUUAAUAAAAAAAAAAAAAAAACAUACCGGUAAAAAUCACUGAGACACGGCAGCAACACGCUAGCACAGCACUAACGCUAGCGCAGCGCUAACAGGGCCGGUUAAAAAAAAACAUACCGGUAAAAAUCACUGAGACAUGGCAGUAACACAGCAGCAAAAUGCUAGCAUGACGCUAGCGCGGUUCUAACAGGGCCGGUUUAAUUUAAAAAAAAAAAAACAUACCGGUAAAAAUAACAGAGACAUGGCAGCAAAACGCUAGCACAGCAUUAAUGCUAGCGCAGCGCUAACAGUGCGGGUUAAAAAAAAUAUAUAUACCGGUAAAAGUCACUGAGACACGGCAGUAACACAGCAGACGCAUGCGAGCACAGCGUUAACGCGAGCGCACCGCAAAUAGGGCUGGAUUAAAAAAAAAAUCAAACCAGUAAAAAUCACUGACACACGGCAGUGACGCGCUAGCAAGCCCAGUUUAAAAAAAAACAA